GUUCGGCUCCUUCACUACAUGGACGACACUUGCCAGAGAGUGAUUCAACUUAUUGCCGAUGAGCGCAAGCCGCAGCUCGAGUGAAGUCCAUCAUCAUCAUCAUCAUCAUCAGUAGCAGAAGAAGAAGAAGAAGAAGAAGAAGAAGAAGAAGAAGAAGAAGAAGAAGAAGAAGAAGAGGUCCUUUUAAGGAACUUAUUGGAUUACUGUUCCGGAGUGUUCCUCUCUUUCUACAUCUCACCAGAGGAAGCGAUGACUUCGGUAUGGAAGAGACUGCAGCGCGUGGGUAAAAAAGCGUCCAAGUUCCAGUUCGUUGCCUCUUACCAGGAGCUGGUGUUGGAGUGCUCAAAGAAAUGGCAACCAGACAAGCUGAGGGUGGUGUGGACCAGGAGGAACCGACGCAUGUGCUCCAAGCUCCACAGCUGGCAGCCUGGAAUCAAAAACCCCUACAGGGGCAUUGUGGAGUGGCCGGUCCCAGAGAACAUCGACAUCUCAGUUACGCUCUUCAAGGAGGUCAACGCCGACGAGUUUGAGGACAAAGAGUGGACCUUUGUGAUUGAGGGUGAGAGCAAGGGACAUCGCAAGGUGCUGGCGUCGGCCGACAUCAACUUGAAGCGCUUCGCCAGUCUGACGCCGACGCAGAUCGACCUGACGCUGAAGCUGAAGCCGCUGUCCGUCAAAGUGGUGGACGCCACGCUCAAGCUGUCGCUGUCCUGCGUCUUCGUUCGUGAGGGGAAAGCCACUGAUGAAGACAUGCAGAGUCUGGCCAGCCUGAUGAGCGUCAAACCCGCUGACAUCGGCAACAUGGACGACUUCAACGAGAGUGACGAAGAGGAGGACAGGAGGUCUGUCACUGCUACAGUUGUUCCACACACUCUAAUUCGCCCGAAUCGCCCCGCUCCCCCUCCACCUGACAAGCGAGACUCCACUGGACCGUCUUUUCCAGUCUCAGCCUGUGGGCGUGAUGGCGGUCCUCCCAGUCCUGCCGUCCACUCCCGUCCUCCUCUACCUACUGCCCCUCGCCCAUCGCCCCGUCGCAGCCGCCACCCCUUCGCCACCCCCCCUGUUCAGUCAGAGAUCCCACCGUCCCCCGACUCCUCCCCUCAGCCCUCGCCCAGAUCCAAGCAUAAAAGAUCAUCAAACCCUUUUUCACCUGAGGCUCUCGCCUCUUCUGACCCACUACCUAAUGCUCCGAGUUCCCAGCUCACAGCGGCCACUCCCUCAACCCAAAGUGCCUCCUCUGUCCCGCCUCUCUCUGAUGUGUCUCCUGCAGAUCCUUCAUCCCCAAUAAUCCCAAUUUCAACCCAAAACAUCUCCUCUUCCAUUCACCCUGCACCUCUCAAAUGCUCUGGAUCUGUGUCAGUGACUCCUGCUUUAGCAGUGCCGUCAGUUGCCCUCCAUUCUUCUUCAAAUACCCCCCCUAAACUGACUUUUAAUCCCCCCAGUAGCUCGGACGCUGGCGUCACCUCAUUAACUCCUAAAGCUCACUCCCCAGCAUUCUCAUCACUCAAGACUAUCAUAACUUCUUCCUCCUCGGCUCCCCGCAUGACUUCGGUCGCAGCAUCCGCUGCUACGAGCCAUCCGAGCAUCUCCACUGCCUCCCCACCUAAACCCUCCUGGGCCUCUAAGCCCACCCCGCCUCCAUCCGUUCACCCUCCACUCGCCCGGACCCUCUCUCAGCCUCCCUCUUUGCCCAGAAUCUUCCAGUCAUGCUCAGGUAAAGUUCCUAUUUCACAUCAACGGCGCCCCCUGGAGGAUCAAACUCCUGACGCUCUUACUUCAGGCUCUGGCCGUGCUCACAUGUUCAGACCUCACCUUAUCCAACCAAUCGCCCGCCCGUCUUCUCCAUCUCCCUUUUCCGUUGAUGCCCCUCCUCUUGAGUCAGCUCCACUCCCCAAAACUCACCCCAGUGUCGUAGAGUCAGGGUCUCGGGGGACAUGGUCGACAUCUGGUGGCGACAUCCCCCCCGUCCCCCUGCUGAGUAGUCCGGACCUUGAUGCCUUCUGUGACCCCGCAGCUCCAGCCCUCACUGCCUCCCUUCCAUUCUCCUCACCCCCCCGCUCCUCUUCUCUUUCCACCUCAGUUUUAUUCUCCUCUCCUCACCCUCUGCUUGCUGUAUCUCCUUCCGCUCCUUCCGCUUCGAUUAGCUCCUGCCAGUCAGGCUCAACUUUCCCCGAGGAAACCACUCGGAGCCCUCUGAGUCGGGAUAAGGGUUCUCUUCAAGAUAACCGGGCAGUGGCCGGCAUCAGAGUAUCCAACCGGCCAAUCAGACCUGCCCUGGAUUCAAAGGAGGCCAUCAACGCCGCACCAGCAACUAUCAGUCCCGUCCAUUCACGUUCAGAGCUGAUAAUAGCCCCGCCCCCUCCAUGGCCUUUCUCCAGCUGUGAGAGCUCCACCCCUCAGCAGACCUCCACCAAUGUCGUGGCAGCAUUUAUCACUCCGAAACAGCCUACCGCUGAGGGGGAAGCUGAUUUGAAAACACCUACUAAUGAGAUGGGUGUUAUUAGCGUCUUUAAGGCCGAAAAGCCCCCACUGGCAGAGCCAGAGCCUGAGCCUGACUUUGAUGACAUCAUCUUUGAGUCAUUUGAGUCGCAGCGACAACAAUCAGGGGGCUUGUUUCUGGAGGAGAAGGACUUUAAGCGAGAUACGAUCAAAAGGUAUCCUCCGGGUCUGCAGAAAAACUAUGAAAUGGUGGGUGAAGACAAGCCACCGACGGAGCGGUUACAGGGAGCAGCGAUGAAGAAGGAGGUGCUGAUCAAGGCAGGGCAGGAGAAACAGAGGGAGAAAAAACAAGAGGAGGAAGGGAGGAAGAAAGAGGAAGAGCAAAGAGUAAUGCUCCAGAAGCAGGAAGAGAGCAGAAAACAGAAGGAAGAGAAAAAUAGACUUUUAGAGGAGGAGAAGAGGCUCUUACAGGAGGAGGUGGUCAAGAAAGAGAAGGAGAGGAAGAAAAGACAAGAGGAGGAAAGGAGGAAGAAAGAGGAAGAGCAAAGAGUAAUGCUCCAGAAGCAGGAAGAGAGCAGAAAACAGAAGGAAGAGAAAAAUAGACUUUUAGAGGAGGAAGAGAAGAGGCUCUUACAGGAGGAGGUGGUCAAGAAAGAGAAGGAGAGGAAGAAAGAGGAAGAGCAAAGAGUAAUGCUCCAGAAGCAGGAAGAGAGCAGAAAACAUGAGGAAGAGAAAAAGAGACUGUUAGAGGAGGAGAAGAGGAGGCUCUUACAGGAGGAGAAGGAGGUCAAGAAAGAGAAUGAGAGGAAGAAAUGUGAGGAGGAGAGACUCCUAAAGGAGAAAAAAGACAAACAGGAAAAGCUAAGAGAGGAGGAGGAGAAGAGGAAGCAGAAUGAAGAGGAGAAAAUGAAAAGAGAGGAGCAAAAGAGAGUGCUGGAGGUGGAGGACAAAAAGGAAAAAUGUAAGAGGGAGGAAGAGAAGAGACUUGAGAGAGAGCGAUUCUUGAGGAACAUGAAAGAGGAGGAGGAAAAAAGGAUGGAGGAGGUGAGAGUGUUUGAGGAGCAAAGGAAGAGGAGGGAGGAAGAGAAAAAGAGGCUCCUGGAAGUGGAAGAGCAGAAGAAGAAAGAGGAGAAAUGCUUGAAGGAGGAGAAAGAGAUGGAGCAAAAGAAAAUGAAAGAAGAGGAAGAGAGGAAAAGGAGAGAGGAGGCAGAGAGAAAGAAAAAUGAUGUGGAGAAGGAGAGGAUGAAGAGGGUGGAGGAUGAAAAGGAAAAAUGUAAGAGGGAGGAAGAGAAGAGACUUGAGAGAGAGCGAUUCUUGAGAAACAUGAAAGAGGAGGAGGAAAAAAGGAUGGAGGAGGUGAGAGUGUUUGUGGAGCAAAGGAAGAGGAGGGAGGAAGAGAAAAAGAGGCUCCUGGAAGUGGAAGAGCAGAAGAAGAAAGAGGAGAAACACUUGAAGGAGGAGAAAGAGAUGGAGCAACAGAAAAUGAAAGAGGAGGAAGAGAGGAAAAAGAGAGAGGAGGCCGAGAGAAAGAAAAAUGAUGCGGAGAAGGAGAGGAUGAAGAGGGAGGAGGAGGAUGAAAAGGAAAAAUGUAAGAGGGAGGAAGAGAAGAGACUUGAGAGAGAGCAAUUCUUGAGAAAAAGGAAAGAGGAAGAGGAAAAAAGGAUGGAGGAGGUGAGAGUGUUUGAGGAGCAAAGGAUGAGGAGGGAGGAAGAGAAAAAGAGGUUCCUGGAAGAGCAGAAGAAGAUAGAGGAGAAACGCUUGAAGGAGGAGAAAGAGAUGGAGCAAAAGAAAAUGAAAGAGGAGGAUGAGAGGAAAAAGAGAGAGGAGGCAGAGAGAAAGAAAAAUGAUGUGGAGAAGGAGAGGAUGAAGAGGGUGGAGGAUGAAAAGGAAAAAUGUAAGAGGGAGGAAGAGAAGAGACUUGAAAGAGAAAGGAAAGAGGAAGAGGAAAAAAGAAUGGAGGAGGUGAGAGUGUUUGAGGAGCAAAGGAGGAGGAGGGAGGAAGAGAAAAAGAGGCUCCUGGAAGAGCAGAAGAAGAUAGAGGAGAAACGCUUGAAGGAGGAGAAAGAGAUGGAGCAACAGAAAAUGAAAGAGGAGGAAGAGAGGAAAAAGAGGGAGGAGGCCGAGAGAAAGAAAAAUGAUGCGGAGAAGGAGAGGAUGAAGAGGGAGGAGGAUGAAAAGGAAAAAUGUAAGAGGGAGGAAGAGAAGAGACUUGAAAGAGAGCAAUUCUUGAAGAAAAGGAAAGAGGAAGAGGAAAAAAGGAUGGAGGAGGUGAGAGUGAGGGAGGAGACAGAGAGAAAGAAAAAUGAGGCAGAGAAGGAGAAGAUGAAGAGGGAGGAGGAGAAGAGAAGGAAUGAGGAAGAGAGAAAGAGGGAAGAAAAUGAGAGAGUACUCAAAGAAGAAAAGGAGAGGGAGGAGGAAAGAUGGAGAGAGGAGAAAGAGAAUGAGAGACUCUUAAAGAAGGAGAAGGAAAGAGUUGAGCGGAGGAAAAAAGUGGAGGAGAAAAGGCGAGAAGAGGAGGAGGAGAGGAGGAGGAAAGAGACACUCUUAAAGGAGAGACGAAUGCAAGAGGAGCAAAUAAGGCAGGAGGCAGAGGAGAAGGAAAAGGAGGCGGAGAAGAAAAAAAAGAGGGAGGAGAAGAGACAUUUAGAGGAGAAAGAGAGAGCAGAUCGGAAAAUGAAGGAGGAAGAGGAAAGAAAAAAGGAAGAGGAUGAACUGAAGAAGAAGCUUCUGGAAGAGAUGGAAAGACGAAAGAAAGAAGAGGAAAACAAGAGGAGAAAGGAGGAGGCCAACAAGUCGGAUGAAGAUAAGCAGAAGAUGAACUCUUUAGUUUCUCCUCCUUCUUUCCCAGCUCCUCCUCCCACGGCUCUUAAAGAUGAAACUCAAACUCCACUUCCUGCUCCCCGCCUCCUUCCUCCGGACCGAACCGACAUUGAAACUCUCAGCCAAUCACAAAACAGAAAGAUGACCCUUCGAUCAGUUGACACACCGAGCUCCGCCUCCAGUGAGCGCUCACAAAGAGAAGAUGCUGCUGAGGUGGACGCCCCUGUCAGGCAGGAGCACCACCCAAUAGCAAUAAAGGACUCAUCAACACAUCCCAUAACCCCAUCUCCUGCUGAGCCCGGCGCUCCACCAGUUAUAGAAGAGCCCAAAGAGCCAGAGGGACCCAGCGUUGAACCAGCAACCUCAACCAAUAUUCCCCUAGAAACCACCAUGGAGGGCGCCACGGCUUUGGCACCAGAGCAGCUGCUUCCCUCAAAACCAGAACUGAGGCCGGAACAAGUUCUCCAGCCAUUAGGAAAAGCACAACAGGAGGGAGCGGAUGAGGAGAAACCAGCUGAGGCCCAGACGGGUAGUCCGGAGAGUUCCACCACCAAUAAGGAGGCGCAGCUCUGGGCGACAGUGGAGGAGAACACGCCGGAGGGAGGAGAGGAAGAACGGAUGGGGAGUAGUGAGAGCGCUGAAGAAAAGGAUGAGGAGGGUGGUGUAACAGGGGGCGCCCCGAAAUGUGCACACACAGAGGCAGGUGUGUGUGUUACAGAGCAGCAGUUGGAGCCGCCUACUGGCUUCAUGUCAACAGUAGUUGGGGUGUUGUACAAAGGCUAUGAGACAGUGACCUCCAUCCUGCACACAACUGGACCCACUGAUGCAAGUCAUGCGCACCGCCCCGCAGGCCAACCUCGCAUCCUUAUCAGUCAUGAAGAUCAGCCUUCACACGGAGGAGAUGCUCAGAGUCUGCACUCCGCUGAGCCAGAGGACCACCACCCGGUUCCCGUUGGUGCGGAUGUCUCUCCACCCAAAGCCUUCUCUGAUACGACAGAAAACCAGAUCAGUAGAAAACAGACUGGAUCCACUCAGAAACGUUCACAUGGGUUGAGUCUGGUGGCGAGUCUUAGACUGGCUGCUAGUGAGCAGGAGAAGGAGAGAGACCAGGAGAGAGUAGAAAGCAUGAAGAGGGAGGAGCGAGAAGAGGCAGAGAGGUUGCAAAAGGAGAGGGAAGAGAUGGAGAGGGAAAGGGAGGAGGUAGCAAAGGGGCUUGAAAACGAGAAGGAAGCGCUGGAGAACACUCAAAAGCAAGAGAGGGAAAGGGCAGAGGAUGAAAGGAAGCAGCGUAGUGAGGAUGCAAAUGAGAAGAGGAAGAGAGAGAUGGAAAGGGAUGAGAAGAAAAGGGGAGUGGAGGAUGGUGUGAGGCAAAGGGAAGAGGAUAGCAAAGGAGAACAACCACAAGAGAAACAGAUGUAUGGCUCUAUGUCACUGCAGGAAGUCAUGAACAACCAAUCAAAAGGCUGGCCUCCUCUGAGGGAGCUGGCGUUGGAUGAUUUCGCUUUUGAUGAAAUGUUGCAGGUUGAUGAAGAACAACCAGAAAAAAAGUCUGAUCCCAAAUUAGUGGAAACGAAAAGUUUCCAACUGGUUUCAACCGGACCUGCUGAUUCUGUCCCAGUACCCAGACCCACAGACCAAUCAGUCAGAUCCGAGGACUCUAUAACUGCUGCUAAGAAAGCCCUGGAUAAUACUGUUCUGAGAUCAGUUAAAAAAGUCAAGUCCAACCUGAAAUCUGGUGCCAUCCCAGUGUGGUUGAGAGAGGAGGAAGAGGAGGACGAGGAGGAGGUGGAAUAUGAGAGGGGACAGGAAGAUCUCGGCUCCGUCUGGCUGGCUGAGCUGUACAUGGAAAGGGAAGCAGGCCCAGGCCGCCCAUCCCUUGCUGUUACCCAGAUGCCUCCCUUACUCUCUUCCAGUGGACAAACCUUUUACCACAGCUCGGCUACCAGUCACCCACAUACACCUGAACAAUCUCUAACCAGUCUGGCAGACCAUCCUAAUCUCAAACCUCAGUCGGGGUGUAAUCAAGAGGAAGGAAACGGUCAGAAAACUAGAGUCGAAUCUGCUCCCCAAUAUAGUGGAGCCCAAAAACCCCAAAUGAAAGAGCAGCGAAAUGAUGAUGUCACCACCACUGGUCACAGCCUGGAGGUAGCAGCCCAUGAGGAGGAAGAACGUGUUCCAUCGUCUGUGGUGCCUUGGCCACUUCCUGUGAGCACAAACACUGACAGCAUGCACUUACACACCAAGACGCACACAGGAACAAACGGCAGUAAGAUCGACGACGACCUCAACAUUUCCACACGAGCGACGGAGGCACACAAGAAUCUUGAAAUGAGGGAUGGUAAAGAAAACAAGGACGCACACACCACAAAGAGUGGCAGUCUUCAAGUGAACAUCCCCCACACACAAACGCACACCCCGGAUCUCACCCGACAAACCCGAGACCGACAGCUCAGAGAGGAGGAGAGCCUGUUGUUGGCUAAGAUCCAUCUGUUGACGGGUGACUCGUCCGCUGUCUCUGGCCCUCGCAGUAUGAAGCUCCUCACCCCCGACCCCUGUGACCUUGACUGUGACACUGCAGAGCUUGUUGAUAGCAGUCAGUCCUGCUGGGAUGCCCUGCAGGAAAUAUCAUUAACUGAGGCAGAGGAGCCCCCGGCCAAUGAGCUGGAGCGAAAUCAAGAAGGAGAGGAGGAUGUGCCAAAAGGCCAACGUGCUGACCUCCCUGAUGGUGGAGAGAAGAAACCGCCCUCACGGCUUGGAGACGCCUCCAGCAGACACACCCGUGAUGAGCGCUCCGACGCACACGGGGAGAGCGCCACAUCUCGGCUUCCUACGUUACCAGAAGAAGAAACUUCUGACCCUAAGUCCCAUCGGCGUGCACCAAUGGGCCGAGAAGAGGCUGACGGGAAGGACGAUGCAGCCGAGGGCCUGGUGACCUCCACCCAGUCGUUGCUCCAGUGGUGUCAGGACAUCACAAUCGGGUACCGGGGGGUAAAGGUCACCAACUUCAGCACUUCCUGGAGAAAUGGUCUGGCCUUCUGUGCCAUCCUUAAUCAUUUCCAUCCUGACAAAAUAGAUUUUGACCAGUUGGACUCGCAUGACAUCAAGCUGAACAACAAGAAGGCGUUCGACGGUUUCGAGGCGCUGAGCAUCUCUCGCCUGUUGGAGCCGUCCGACAUGGUCCUCCUGUCCGUCCCCGACAGGCUCAUCGUCAUGACCUACCUCAGCCAGAUCCGCUCACACUUCACCAACCAGGAGCUGAGCGUGCUGCAAAUAGAGCACAACAGCAGCCAGUCCAGCUACGGCCCCGCCCUCUCCGGCCCCGGGCCCACUCACCUGGACGCUGCUGCUUUCUGCAUGGCCAGACUGAAGGAGGGGGUGAGCUUAGAGGAAGGACGGAGCAGCGCGUUGGUCGUCCCACCACCGAGGACCAAACGACUGGUUAAAGACGAGUCAAUCACCCCGGUCCCACCACCACGGUCGCUCACCAAAGGAGUCAAAUCUGGACCGUCUCAGGAUGAAGACACAAUGACAGGAAUCACUAACAAUACAGGGUUGCAGAGUACAGUUGUGACCCAGCCUCCCAAACAACAAGAGGACACAAUGUGUCUGCAGGACACCAGUCAGUAUGUGCUGAGUGAGCUGGCGGCGUUGGAGUCGGAGCAGAAGCACGUCGACAGCAGGGCCGCUGUGGUGGAGAGACGACUGCGAAGCCUCAUGGAAACAGGAAGUGACCGUGAUGAAGAAGAAAGGCUGAUCCAGGAGUGGUUCAAUCUGGUGAACAAGAAGAAUGCUUUGAUACGCCGACAGGACAAUCUGGAGAUGCUACAAGAGGAGCAAGAUCUGGAGAGGAAGUUUGAGCUCCUGAACAGGGAACUUCGGGUGAUGAUGGCCAUAGAAGACUGGCAGAAGUCGUCCACACAGCAGCAGAGGGAGCAGCUGCUCCUCCAGGAGCUGGUGUCUUUGGUCAACCAGCGGGACGAGAUCAUCAGGGACAUUGACGCCAAGGAGAGAGGGGCAAUGGAGGAAGACGAGCGUCUCGAGCGUGGCCUGGAGAUGAGGAGGCAAAAAUAUAAUAACAAAGAUAAAUGUGUCCUCCAGUGAGACGAGAGGUCACACACUGCUUUUAUUAACAAAAGAUUGUUUUAGGAAUUUUGGAGUUUCUUGUUUUACGUUUAUGUGAGUGCCUUUAUUUUCCUGAAGAACUGUUAAAACCCAUUAAGAGGAAAGUUAUGGGCUCCAAACCGGGUUUUCUAUGAAAGUGUUUUCUUGAAAAUAAUUGUUUCCAUCUGUCUUAAGUAUUAUUUUUGAUUCAGUUCACAUAUUCUUAUUUAUUUAAAUAAUGUGUCAGGUUGUUGUACAUCUGUUGUACAUGUGUGUUGUGUGUAUUCAUGUGUGAGUUUAUUUGGUAUUUGAACACUGGCUUAUUCUCUUCUUUUUUGAAUUAAGAACAGGACUAGAGCGUGUCAGAAUCUGCUGGAUUAAAACCAAAAUGUGCCUUGUCAUUUUGUAACACGCUAAAACAUAUUAGGUAUAAAAAUAAAAAUAAAUGUCAUGAGCUGGACUCAAACUCACAAUAGUGAGAGUACAGGGUAUAUGUUUUAAACGUAACGAUGAUCCCCAACAUGACAUUUUGAUAAACCAAAGAAGCAUUUCCACAUGUUGCAAUAUUGAUUGUUUUCUUUUUUAUAUAUGUUGAAAGAGUUUUUAGGAGUUAUUCAACCUUGUGUGCAAACAAACCCUGGAUGCCUUAAAUGUGUAGCUGUGAUGCUCACGUCUGCUUGAAUCACAGAACUGAAGCGGUUCCCUCUCUUCCGUGUCCUACUGUAAGCAUGUUGUGUUAUGUGCACUGAUAAAGUGGUUCUCUCCUAUGUGUUACUACUGUAUACCUAUCACAUGCUGUCUAUAUUUAUGAGUUGAAAAUAUGAUAAAUACAUUGAAGAAACUAUUACUAAAAUAUGGGUUGCUUGCUUGCAUCAGGA